AGCAUCCGCGGGCAAUCCGCCUUGCUAAUUUUCUGCUAGAUGAUGUAGUGUAUACAGCACAAGGAAAAUCUCUCUAAGACUCCGGGUCUUCACCACUACUUCGACGUGAUCGGCGGCACGGGCACUGGUGGGUGAGUACUCAGUGAUGUUCCCCGCUGUCGGCGCUGCCGGCUUCGGUCAGUUUCGAUCACGCAUCGCUGAUGCGGGUCCUUUUCUAGGCUCAUCACGCUCAUGCUCAACCGUCUUCAUAUGCUGAUCGACGACACAAUCGCCGCAUGUAACGCAUGUGUCAAGCGUGUCCAUGUCAACAACUAUAGGCCUUGGGGUAUCAAUACAUCCAAGCCCAGCAGCGUCGACGAUGUUGUCCGCGAUAACACUUUUGGCCCAUUGGCUUAACAACUCUUACUGCGGCUUGCUGAAUGGUAUGUACCGCUUGUUUUUCCAAAUUCCGCAUCCCCACGCUUCUCGAGUUUCUUGCUGGUCUCCUGCUCUGCCUCCGUAGCUGCAGUAGAUGAGCUCUUUAGGGGAGCUCCGUCGAGGGCUGUGGUGCUUCUUUCUUCUUCUCUUCACUGCUCCUUGGUCUUUCUCCCAGCCCCAUUCCAUGAGUAUCGCAUGUCGGAGCUGGCAGAUAGGUACAUUGAAUGGUGCUGUCUUCGAUUGAUAUGUCUGCUAUUCUGUUAUAUUCUGUCGUCAACGCCCAUCCAAGGGCAGGUUUAUGUCUCUGCCCUUUUUUGCGGAUGAAAGCUUGCGCAUGUAUGCAAUCGAUUGUAAGGUCGGGGCUGGAGAUGGUGAUGCUGGAAGUGCUAAAGCACAAGAAUCAGCGCUACGCUCGGGGUCCUCCUCAGCCUUUCAUCUAAUCAUAUUGUUCAAGCAUGCUACAGCGAGCGGCUGUCGAAGAACGGAAUGAAACAUGUAAGGUGAAGCCCACUGUCUUGUGAUGGUGGUCACUACCAACCUCAUAGAAGUUGUGUCGGUGGAGGAUUAUAGGUGCUCAGUGUUGCUAAAGG